UGGAAAUGGCUAGCUGUUUAAGCGAUCAUCACUAGACGCCAGAUCAGAUCUUUAGUCUAACGUUUGGUAUAAAUAUGAGGACUUUCUAGCCUCAUGCUAUACAGCAGCUAUCAACAAGAGGAGGUCGCACCAAACACAGCGUCAGUCGGAUUAUCAAAAAUUAGAUUUCGUCAACUCAACUCGAUACAAUGGGACUUCUGCUGGCCAAACUUGCUCAAGUGUUGGAGAGUUUCCAGAUGGGUGGUCAACCCGCCCGUGUGCUUAUGUUAGGGUUGGAUGCGGCAGGAAAGACAACCAUUUUAUACAAGGUGAAGUUGAAUGAAAACGUGUGCACGAUCCCAACCAUUGGAUUUAACGUUGAGACGGUCACACCUGUCAAAGGUGUCAGUUUCACGGUCUGGGAUGUUGGCGGUCAGGAGAAGAUUCGAGCACUGUGGAGGCACUACUACACCAAUACACAGGGCCUGCUGUUUAUCGUGGACAGCUCUGACGUGGCCCGGAUGGCCGAGGCCAGUAAGGAGCUGUUUGACAUCAUCGAGUCCCCCGAGAUGGCCCGCGUGCCGGUGGUCGUGGUGGCCAACAAACAAGACAUGCCCGGCGCCCUGGCCACGACCGAGGUCGCUGACAGACUCAAGCUAAAGAAUGUUCGCGACAGGAAGUGGUACGUGCAAGGCGCAUGCGCAAUAAACGGAGAGGGAAUCUACGAGGCAAUGCAAGAACUGGCUAAACUAGUGAAGGAGUUCAACGCCCACUAAAGCUUCAUCCAAACGUAUUUAUAUCAUCGCUCAAGUGUUAAAAGAAACAACUAAUCUGCUAUUUAUUUAAACCUUAAUCUUGUGGAUCUACCGGUGUCAAUAAGUUGUGUGAAUGUAUUUCACUCACUCAUCUCCAUCCUAUCCCAGCAAAGCUUCUCCUCUGCCCUUCUAUUUUAGUUGUUAAUAAAUGGCCAGCCGCUCGUAGAAAAACUGGAAUCUUUUUAUCAUCUCAUCUCAGAACUUCCAUUCAUUAAUAGAUGAGAAUGUAAGAACGCGAUAUUACAGAAAUGUUUCAAGAGGAGGAACUGCGGAUGACAAGUUUGAGCUGGCAUUUAUCAGUUGAUUUCAAAGCUUUUAUUUCAAGUUUCAUCAGUUUAAUGUCAGGGUGAUGUCAUGCUUGGUCAAUGCUCAACGGUAAGACAUAAUGCAUCAUUCCAGAGUUUGAAAGCCUUGCCUGACAGUUCCAUUACAGAGAUCCCUGCUUGACGGAGGUUUGUAAACAGGGACACGGGAUGUGGGGUCGGGUCUAAUGUGGCUACAGGACAUUAGUGGUAGCACGAUGCGGCUACAUCAGAGCAUGUAUAGGCUACAGAUUAUGUCAUUUUGUUACCAUUUUAAACACAUACACAUGCGACACUGUACUUGAAUGUUAUUUGACAUAUCGUAUGUUAUCUUCCUAUUUAAUUCAGUCAAUUCAGACUUUGUUGAUCUAAGCACAUAUGUGCAUUGUUUUUUAAAUGUAUAAAUUCUAUUUUUACUUCAAUGUGUGUUUUAAUUUGUUCACGCAAAUUGUGAUAAUUCAAUUCGUACUUAA